UCGAACAAUUCGUGGUCUUGUCCCCGUCACAACCUUCGUCUUCGUGUUCUGUUCUUUCCCUCCCCUGUCCCCAUGCCUUAACGAACGGAUCCUUCGAGCCUCCACAAUUGCUGGGCACUACAAAACUCAUUCAUCACCGAUUCAUUGUUUGCAAAUGAUAUGAAUCUAAAUUAGCCAAAAAAUUUCCUCACCUAUCUCUUCCGUUUCAUCUCUUCCGUCGAGAAAUGAUGGAUCGGACGAGGAUGAGCGAUAGGCAGAGGAACAGCACAGGGUCGCCAAGGGCGCCAAUGUCACCGACGAUGUCGCCAAUGAAUCGCCAUGCUCAGGCAGGUUCCUCUGCGGCGUUCAAUAUGCGGAGAGGGCCGAACAAUGCUGCCAAAGCUGCCGCUCAGAGGCUCGCACAGGUCAUGGCACACGCAGCCGACGAAGAUGACGAGGACGACGACCUUGCUCUUGAUUAUGCUGUGAUUAGUGGCAGUGGAAGCAUUGGACUCGGAGGAACUGGAAGAGCAACGCCUGCACGAGCUUCCCUGGCUGUUCGGCCUAUUCAAGAACAACCAACAUCCGCAAGAACGCGGGUCCCAGUGUCGAUUCGGACUGCUCAGAAUAACAAUGAACAAACUCCAGCUGCUGCAAGACCCCGGUCCCCAAUGACUGUUCGUACCGCUCCGGCGGCUCAAGAACAACAACCUCCAUCAGCAAAAGCCAUAUCAGGAGGGCGAUCAUCUUUCUCAGCUGUAAAUAGUGUUGAGCAGCCGUCACCUCCAGCAGCCACAUCGGUUCGUUCAGCCAUUCCUGGCCAUGUCGCGGAUCAAGGAACUACUACUCAUACAGUAUCAGGGAACCGAGCUCUGGAAUUGUCUCCAUCGGCUCGUACGAUAAUAGUUACUCGGUCACCUCAACUCAGCGCCAUGAAUGAUCUAUCGCCUUCUGCUCGUGCUGCUGCUGCAACUGCCCGUCCUAAUCCGGGACCUAAGGCUGCUUCCGUUGGACCUCCUAUGGUGCCUACGACACUCAGACAAACCACUUCGGGUAUUCCUCCAGAGGCCACUCAGGAAACUAAAAGAGACAAGAGAUUGUCACUUGAUCUAGGGAGUAUGAACUUAAGAGAUGGUGCUAUUAGUCGACAUCCUUCUUCUUCUACAGCUCUUGAGGAUGAGCUUGAUAUGCUACAAGAAGAAAAUGAAAGUUUGCUCGAAAAGCUUCGACUUGCCGAGGAGAGGUGCGAUGAAGUUGAAUCAAGAGCUCGACAGCUAGAGCAACAGAUUGCUAGUCUAGGGGAUAAUCUUGGAGAAGGUGUAAGCUUAGAGGCCCGCCUAUUAAGCAGGCAAGAGGCAGCGCUGCAGCAAAGAGAGGCUGCUCUGAGAGUUGCUGCACAAACUCAGGGAUGUACAGCUCCAGACGUUGCAGCCCUUCGUGCGGAAGCUGAGAUUGCAAGGGAGGAGGCAACAUCUGCACUAGAGCAGCUAAAAGAAACCGAGAGUGAGUUAAAAUCACUGCGGCUUUUGACUCAACGAAUGAUACUCACCCCCGAAGAAAUGGAGGAGGUUAUUUUAAAGAGGUGCUGGCUUGCUCGUUAUUGGGGUUUAUGCGUACGCCAUGGUGUUUAUCGCGACAUUGCUGAAGCUAGAUUUAAAUUCUGGUCUUCAUUUGCCCCGGAUCCUGUUGAAGUUGUAUUAGCCGCUGGACAGAGAGCUAAAAUGGAGACAGACAAUGAUGCAGAGACAAAAGAUAAUCCACGUGACCUAAAUGAACUUUCUGGGGAGGGAAAUAUUGAGAAUAUGCUUUUUGUUGAGCAAGGUUUGCGGGAAUUGGCUUCGUUGAGGGUAGAAGAAGCAUUGGCAUUUACGAUGGCACAACAUAGGCGACCAAAUUUACUGAAGUCUGGCUUUUCAGAUGUCGCAAGACUACCAAUUGAAGGGCAUUUUGAUGCAUAUGAAUUGGGGCAGGACGAGGCUGAAGACGUUUCUUUUAAGCAGGCUUGGCUUACGUACAUUUGGAGGAGAGCUAAAAGGCAUGGGAUAGAACCAGACAUAGCAGAUGAGCGUUUGCAGUACUGGAUUAAUUUCAAGGCAAAUACUUCGCAUGAUGCAGUCAAUGUUGAACGUGGCUUGGCGGAGCUCAAGAGGUUUGGAAUUGAAACGCAGUUGUGGGAAAAAUCUCGCAAAGAGCUGGAGCAAAUCAUUGACGGUUCCAAAAGACUGAGCCGCUCUGACUUUUGAUUUAGGCAGUGAAAUUGACGGUUACUUAGAUCCCCGUUUGGGCAAAGCUAUUCCAUUCAUUCAAUGUGAUCGAAGCUGAUCUAUGGCCAUACACACACACUGACACACACACACACCGUCAACCAAGCGUAAAAUAUUAGGGGUCUAGAAAAAUGGCUAAUUUAGUUGCCAGCAUCCCAUGCAAUUCUUACACGUUCAGAUACAUGAUGUCAAGCGGGGGAAGACACUACAUCGUUUUUUUUUCCCUGCCAGAAAGGCAAUACAUCUGUUUUAACAAUAAGUUGCAUGAUUCAGAGAUUAGACAGCAAAAUUGUAUAAUUUAGAGAAUAAGAGGUGAUUCAUUUUAGAAA